AUGCAUGUGCGGAAGGAUGAACUUGAUUCCCUGCAAGAGACGAAGGACACCGAGCUGGGCCAGGUGGCCGAGGACCUGCAGGAGGCCAACGAGGAGAUCCAGAUCCUGCGGCUGGAGGCGGAGGAGGCGGCCGCCGUGCACGAGAACGAGAUCGCCAGCUUGCAAGAAGAGCUCUGCCGGAUGAAAGCCGAGCUGGAGAGAGUCCAACGGAUCCACAAUGAGUACGAAAUGGAGCUCACUACCCUGCGGGCUGAACUCCGGAUGAUGCAGAACUUGGCCGCCGAAAACAGCGGUGGCGCUAGCAAAAUCCCCCUCCGGGAGCAACGGCUGUCCAGCCCGAGCCAGGAAAUAGCUCGGCUCCAAGGUGAGCUGGACACCACGAAGCUCCAAUACUCGGAUCUGAAAGAAGAGUUUCAAAUUUUGCAGGAGAGCAACAAGAUUAUGCUCCACCAGCUGGAGAAGCUGGAAGCCCUGAAAUACAACGAAGGCCCACCCGACAAGUACCGAAGCAGGACGGAUGAGUCGCCAUCUCUGGAGUCCAUCUCUCAGUGGCCCACGGAUCGCCGCUACUCCCUCAUGAAGCAACCCACCAACCAGAAAGGCAGCUGUGUCUCCUUCUGGUCAGUGGAAAUUGUGGGCGUCGCAAGCGACUACAAUGAAGAAGAGAGGAUGGAAAAGGUGGAAGAGGAGAAUGAGCUAGACGUGUCACACCAGCUGGCGGAGGAGGAGGAGGAGAAGGUGGAGAAGGUCCAGGACCAG